GGGUCUCGUUCUCCUCACGAUGGGCAGGGACGCGCCGCGCUGCCCUGAGGAGCCCGAGCGCCGGUGAAGGCGGAGUCGCCGGCCGCCCUCCGCUGCCAUGGCCGGCCCCGGCGCGUGGAAGCGCCUCAAAUCCCUGCUGAGGAAAGACGACACGCCGCUGUUCUUAAAUGACACCAGCGCCUUUGACUUCUCCGACGAGGUGAGCGACGAGGGGCUUUCGCGCUUUAAUAAACUUCGAGUCGUGGUGGCCGACGAUGACUCUGAAGCCCCGGAAAGGCCUGUGAACGGGGCGCACCCGGCCCUCCAGGCCGACGAUGACUCCUUAUUGGACCAGGACUUACCUUUGACCAACAGUCAGCUGAGUUUGAAGAUGGACCCCUGUGACAACUGCAGCAAACGGCGCGAGUUGCUGAAGCAGAGGAAGGUGAAGACCAGGCUGACCAUCGCUGCCGUCCUCUACUUGCUUUUCAUGAUCGGAGAGCUUGUAGGUGGAUACAUGGCAAAUAGCUUAGCAAUUAUGACAGAUGCACUUCAUAUGCUAACUGACCUUAGUGCCAUCAUACUCACUUUGCUUGCUUUGUGGCUCUCCGCAAAGUCACCAACCAGAAGAUUCACCUUUGGAUUUCAUCGCCUAGAGGUUUUGUCGGCCAUGAUCAGUGUGAUGCUGGUGUAUGUACUUAUGGGAUUCCUCUUAUAUGAGGCUGUGCAGAGAACGAUCCAUAUGAACUAUGAAAUAAAUGGCGAUGUCAUGCUCAUCACUGCAGCUGUUGGAGUUGCAGUUAAUGUAAUAAUGGGGUUUCUGUUGAACCAGUCCGGUCAUCACCAUUCUCACGCUCAUUCUCACUCCAUGCCUUCAAAUUCCCCAAGCAUGGUAUCUAGUGGACACAACCAUGGGCAGGACAGCUUGGCAGUGAGAGCUGCGUUUGUGCACGCCCUGGGGGAUUUGGUACAAAGUGUUGGUGUGCUUAUAGCUGCAUACAUCAUACGAUUUAAGCCAGAAUACAAGAUUGCUGAUCCCAUCUGUACAUAUAUAUUUUCAUUACUUGUGGCUUUCACAACGUUUCGCAUCAUAUGGGACACAGUAGUAAUAAUACUGGAAGGUGUACCAAGCCAUUUGAAUGUAGACUAUAUCAAAGAGUCGUUGAUGAAAAUAGAAGAUGUAUAUUCUGUGGAAGAUUUAAAUAUCUGGUCUCUCACUUCUGGAAAAUCCACUGCCAUAGUUCACAUGCAGCUAAUUCCUGGAAGUUCAUCUAAAUGGGAAGAAGUCCAGUCCAAAGCUAAGCAUUUAUUACUGAACACAUUUGGCAUGUACAAAUGCACUAUUCAGCUCCAGAGUUACAGACAAGAAGUGAUCAGAACUUGUGCAAAUUGUCAGAGUUCCAGUACCUGAUUGUAUGUCCUCAGGGUCUAUGGCCUUGUUUAUCCUGCAGUACAGGCUUGAGAGCAAUAAAUGCAAACCUAAUGGAGUCCCUGACAGCUGUGUCCAUGUCAAGCACCAGUCUCCCCAAGACAGACUCUGCUCUGACUGAUAUUUGCAUGAUUUCAGACAAAGAAGUUCCAAAGUACUGUUUACAGAAUGAGCUGUAACUCUGCAGAUACCUCAUUAGAAGACAAUCCAAGACCAUACUUCAUUAGACAGAGUACACAACAUGUACAGGAAGACUUCAGAAUUCAGUAUUUGCAUCUAAAAACUACUUUUUUCAGGCCUUUUAUAUGAAGUCAGUGCUAGCAAACUCAGUGUUGAACUAUUCGGGAUUUUUGUCUCUGUGUAAUCUUGGCAUCCAGUUUCUGGAAUUGUGUUCUCUUUUUAUAAAAAUUAGCCCUCAACAGAUUUCAGAAAGUAAUUAUAUCCAGAAAAUGGAAUAAGCAUGUAUUCCUAAGUGUUUCAAAACUGCUGUUUUAUUUCACAAAUAACUUAUAAGCAAAUUUUCCAGAUAGUACUGGGUUUUGAAUCUCAAUAUUUUUGAUUAUUUGUAAUCUUGUCAGAAAUAUUCACAUAAUGUGGUCACUGUCCUUAAGUUAUUUAGGAAAACUUUAAUAUAAUUAUGGAUGGCAGAGAUUAGAUUUAGCCUCAAAUCACCUAACCAUAUGAUGAUCUAAAGCAGAGAAGCGAGCAGUGAGCUGUAGAGUUUUGGAUUCUGUCUUCUGGAAAAUCACUUCUGUGCUUCAUGUAGAAUUGUCUUAGGAUAGUAAGAGACAACAAAGUUUCAACAGUUAUCUUUUUAGAACUGCCAACAUUUGUUAGUGAUGGUUUGCUUAGCACCUUGUUCUCAUGUGUACACCAGGUUAUCUGUGUACAUCUUUCCGAGUACCUAUAAAAGGCUAAGACUGAGGUUAUUACUAAUACCGUGGAGUACCUUUGUUACUCCAGUGAAAUUUUCUGUUAUGAUAUAGGCUAGGGAUUCUACAUGGAUUGCAGAAACCUCCAAAGUACAAUCUUGAAGUUUUACAAUAAUGCCAUAGCAGAAAGAUACAGAGGGGUUCGGUGGAGAAAGCUCUUUGAGAAAACACGAGGUAAAAGGUUUUGUUUGUUUUGUCUCAUUUUGUUUUGUUUGACCUUGUAUGUGCACAGAAGAACUGAAAUAAGGAUGGUCUCUAAAGCUGUGUCUGGGGAAGCACAUAAACACUUCCAAGCUCAAGGGAAGGCAAUUGGCAGCAGUUAUGUUAAAGAGACAGGCGUGAAUAUUCAUGUUUCAUUCCCAGCAGUUGCUUUGAGGUGAGCUGUUUUCAGCAAAGUCACUUUGUGUGGCUCUUGUCUCCUCAGAAAAGCAGAGUAGAGUAAGACUGUUCCAAACAGGUUGUGAAUUGAAAUCCUAGAAAUCCAAACAAUGUGUAAAGGAAGAGUGGGAAGUUGAGACUUUCCUUGUGUGUAAAACUAAAAUAAGAAAAGCUGGGUUUACUCAAAAUGUUGUUGGGAAUUGAUAGGAUCAAAACUCAGCUGGUGUUUCUCCAUGAAACUCAAUGGUGUUUGGUGAAUUCCAAGUUUACUUUGUUGAAUUUUUAUUGAGUCCAUUUAAAAUUAUAAAUAUUUGAACUUCAAAGUCUCUUAGAAUAUAAACUAAAUAAAACAAUGAUUAGCAUAUGAGUAGAUGACAGGCAUUUAAUGGCUGCCUGGGCAUUUGUGGCCUUUAGAUAUCUGGGGGGGGGGGGAGAAGGAAAAUGUAUAUUUUAUACUUAACAUUUUCACAUAUCAAUUGAGUUCAUUCCCUGUAAACAUCCCUUUACCAUAAUGUGGGCAUAUCUGGAUUUUCAUGUUGACCUAGUCCUUAAGAUAUUUGGUAAAACAGCCUAAAUAUCCAUUUGAAUAUUGAGAAACACCAACAACUUCUGUAAGUCUUAACUACCAUAGUCACGUAAAGUGGGUGUACCUGCAGUCUCUGCACUUUACUUUGGCAGCAGAAGCUAGACUUUGUGCUUCACUGGGUCCACAAGAUGGAGAGCUGGUAGAUUUUACUUGUCAGAACCCACAGAGGAAGAACAUUAAGUCAGCAGUUACAUCAGGGACUACACAGCUAUAAGAUUUGAAAAUAUAUAUAUUAUAUAAUUUCUUUAUAUAAUUUAUAUAAUUUCUUUCUCCUGUUGAGACAGUGCACUGUAACAUAACUUCUCAGUUAACUGUGAGAACUCUUUGCUCUGCAAAAAGCAGGAUCUGAAUUGGGGAGAUGCAGUGCUAAUCUUGCACUGGGAAACAUCACGACAAAACCUUGGCAAUUCUCCACUGCAGUAUAUUCUAAAGAGUAUUUGCAGAUAAUUAGUUACUAUAGACAUUCAUCUGUAUUUCACAACUUGGGCCCAAUACAGUCUUUUGUUUUAGGAAGACUUUGUCUGACUAACAAUCUUGCUGUCUUAAGAAGCACACCAAGAAUGCAGUUGAGUAAGACGUACUGAUAGGCAGAACCAGAAGCUGUUGUAAUCCUUACAGGCAGCUAUGUUAACUUUGCACAGCUAAAGGUCUGAGUGUGAGCACAGAUUUUCACAGUUGCAGCUUCCAUCCACAGUUUGCCAGAGCACUAGAUGUCUUGGUGUAUGGUGUUUCUUUUCAGUUUGGGGUAGAAGUUGUAAUUUUCCUCUAUGACAUUAUUUCCUGAUUCUAUGACUCUCAGUGUUCUGUCUCAAGCCCAGGUGGCCCACCUGUCAGUAUCUGUCCUCAGGAGAUGCUUCUCAUAGUGGACACAGUCGAGAUCAGAGACAUACGUAAGCAUUUCUCUCAUUGUUCAGAGAGAACCUUCAGCCAAUACUUAGAAAUACGUUUCCAGGUGAGAAAGAUUUAUAGAACUUGAGAUCAUCAGGAUUUCUGCAUGGGAACAUGGUAGAAAAUAUGAGACAGAAAUAGACUGAGCAGCUACUGUGAAGAGGUUUGAGUUUCUCAAAAUGCCAGUCAGCAUUCUUAGACAUUUUGAUCCUGAAGCAUACUUCAGCUACAUUUGGUUUUCUGUGUUUAUGGCCAUUGGUUCAUCAUCAUACAAUGUUCUUACAAAAUCUGAACUCGCCAGGCAGUGGUGGCACAUGCCUUUAAUCCCAGCACUUGGGAGGCAGAGGCAGGCAGAUUUCUGAGUUGGA